AUGACAAAACACCGGGUUAUCUACUGGUUCCGUACCGAUCUGCGCCUCCACGACUCCCCAGCCCUAAAAGCGGCCUUGGAUCUUGACCCCGCCGUGCUGUGGCCCAUCUUCACCUGGGAUCCAUACUAUGUCUAUCGGGCCAGAGGGGGGCUGAAUCGAUGGCAAUUUCUUUUGGAUUGCCAAAAUGACUUGUCCGAGUCCAUCACCAAGCUUAACCCCGAGUCCAAGCUAUUCGUGCUGAGAGAAGCUCCCCAGACGCUGUUUCCCAAACUUUUCAAAGCCUGGAAGGUUACACAUCUGGUAUUUGAAAAGGAUACAGAUUCCUAUGCUCGUGAGCGCGAUAGCGUUGUCAUCCAAGCAGCCAAAGAUGCUGGUGUUGAAGUCAUCAUCCGUUCUGGUCGAACCUUGUGGGAUAGUGACCAGGUCGUUGAAAAACAUAUGGGAAAACCCACCAUGUCAAUCUCCCAACUGCAAGCAGCAGGGAAGAAAGUUGGAGACAUACGCAAACCGAUUCCAGCUCCAGACUACCUCCCAGGCCCCGGGGACAUGCCUGUCGAUUUUGACCAAGACCAUCCAGAGACAAAACCCGACCUCAACUCCGAGCAGAGAACAGAAACAGACACAGGAUACAACAAGAUUGCGGGACCAAAUGGAGACUUUGCUAUCGAAACAAUGGAGGAACUGGGCUUCCCGUCUGCCACGACUCCACACCGAGGAGGUGAAACCAUUGCUUUGAGAAUGCUUGAUAAGAUCAUCGCGGACAAGAGGUACACGGCCACAUUUGAGAAGCCCAUGACGAGCCCUGCUCAGUUCGAGCCGCAAUCAACAACGUUCCUCUCUCCGUUCCUCCACUUUGGAGCUCUCUCUGUGCGGGAGUUCUACUGGCGCGUUCAAGACGUCGUCACGUCCUUUGGCAAAGGCGCUUCGUCACCACCCGAGAGUCUCACUGGGCAACUGCUCUUCCGGGACAUGUAUUUUGCAGCCCAGGCGGCACUGGGGCCGGUUUUUGCCCAGACUGCAAAGAACCCAUACUGUCGAUUUAUCCCCUGGCACCUGCCAUCGAAGAGGGACCCUUCCACCGGCAUGGUAACAGGCGAGUACCACGUGGAUUCGGAGGCAGCGGACAUCUGGUUCAAGAGGUGGAAGUGGGGGGUUACGGGAUUUCCAUGGAUCGACGCCCUGAUGCGACAACUCAGGGUUGAAGGAUGGAUACACCAUCUUGGGCGACACAGUGUCGCCUGUUUCCUCACGAGAGGCGGAUGCUAUAUUGACUGGGAGCGCGGUGCCGAAGUCUUUGAAGAAUGGCUAUUGGACCAUGAACCAGCCUGCAACGCGGGGAACUGGCAAUGGCUUUCUUGUACGGCCUUCUUCUCUCAAUACUUUCGGUGUUACAGCCCCAUCGCGUUUGGUCAGAAGUGGGACAAGCAGGGAAAUUUCAUCCGCCGAUGGGUACCUGAGUUGAACGGCAUGGAUGAGAAGUACAUAUACGAGCCCUGGAAAGCCCCCCUGUUAGACCAGAAGAAGGCCGGAGUCCGCAUCAAGGGCAAUGGGUUAACUGAGGUGGAAAAGGGGACAUAUCCCAAGCCAAUGUUUGAUUUCUCACAGAGACGAACCGUGUGUCUUACCGCCAUGAAGACGGCCUACAAUGUCAAACUUUAUGGUAAUGACAGUCGAGUCCUGGAUGGGACUUGGCGUGACAUGUUCCCGGACGGUGCUGAGACGGAGAUGCAAGGAGAUUUUGGUGGCGACGACAACGGAGGCCACCAAGAAAAUAAGCACGGGGGAAGUACGAGCAAACGAGGUGCCGGUAAAGCCAACGCCAACACAUCAUCCAAGAAGCAGAAGACGUUGAUUUAA